AUGCCGCGGCGCCUGUUCUCCGCUGCGGUGCCGCUGCUCCUCGUUGUGCUGAUAUGCUGCAGUUAUGGAGCUGUGCACGCUGAGGGGAAUAAACCAAAGGGGGCGCAACUGCCGCAGAGUGUUGAACUUUUCGUGCCGAGUAAGACGCAAGUGCAAGCAAAUGAUGGCGCUGGAGGUGAAACGAGGGCCUCAUUUCGCUCACCUUCUCUCGUCCGUGCCGGUGGAGUCUUGGUUGCCUUUGCCGAAGGCCACCGCCCCCAUAAUGGCGCUGGCACCAAUCAGCCAGUGGUGGGACGGACUUCUGCCGAUAUUGUGGCAGGGUACAUCAAUGCUGCUGAGGGGUGGGCGUCUAUUGUCGCCGAGACGGGUAAAGGCUCAUGGAGGGCACACACCGUCUUCAACAGAGUCGCUGAAGCGAAUGGUGUGGGCCGUGCAUUUUACCCCACCGCAGUUGCAAAGGGCAACAAGGUGUUUCUUAUUGUGGGAAGCUAUGAGGCGAGGCAGAGCAAUACUGCGGGAAACCUGGACAAAGUCGACAGGCGGCUUGAUUUGUUGGUGGGUGAGGCCAGUGAGGGCGGACUGAUCCAAUGGGCCCCUCCCACCUCGCUGUCAUCACUGAUCGGCCAAGCUGCUGAGCAAAGUGGCACGAGGGACUUUUGUGGUGCUGGUGGCUCGGGAAUUGUGAUGGACAACGGCACGCUUGUGUUUCCUCUCCUGGCGAGGCGGAGUGAGGGCGGCUGGGUUUCGACGAUCGUGUAUUCGGCGGACGACGGCAAAACGUGGGUGCUCCCAAGCGGUGCGUCCCCUUCCGGCUGCGCCGAGUCUCUCCUCGCCGAGUGGGAGGCGGGACAACUUCUCAUGGUUGCCGUUUGUGACACUCGCCGCAGGGUGUUGGAGUCGAGGGACAUGGGGGCAACGUGGACGGAGGCUCUUGGAACUCUCUCAAACGUGUGGGUAGACCCAGCUGGAGACGCUUCGGAGUUAAUUCGUCGUGUGACUUCCCUCACCACCGCGACGAUUGCUGGGAAAAAGGUGAUGUUGUGCACUCAGGAAAGGCGCCCCUCUGGGGUGCAGAACGCCACGGCGCUCUACCUUUGGGUCACCGACGGCAACCUCACGUUCCACGCCGGGCCCGUUUCCGGAUGCAGUGACGGGGCUGGAACGUGCACCAACGCCCUGCUGCACUCAAACGAUGAGCUGCACCUUGUGCAGGAGAAGGGGAGUGAUGCGGCCAAGAGCAUCUUGCUUACUCCCCUAACGAAGGAGCUGAAGAGGGUCACGUCUGUCGUGGAGGCGUGGGCAAGGCUUGAGCGGGGGAGGGGGGACAGCUCCUUGCGUGAGAAUGUGUCUCGGGUGCUCUUCCUGCCUCUGCUGGUGCUGUGGGGGCUUGUGGCCCUGUCGUGA